AUUGCAAUGGCUGCCAUGUAGUACCCUCCCUGCACAAUUAGCCAAUCAGCAGCGCGCUCUGCAAGCCAGGAGGACGCAUAAAAGAAGAACAUUGCAGCAGAGGCACAGAAGGAGACUGCGAGAGGAGCAAGGAAUUACACACACACAUACACACACACAUAAAAAGCAGCGAAACCAGAACACCCUCCCCUGGACACACCCUGCUGAGGAUCACUGUUUCUCUUUUUUUUCUCCCUGAACCAUCGCCCACGCCACGGAGAGAAGCUUUCUCCAUCAUCAUCCUCCAGAAGAAAACUCCUUUUUCCCCCCUCAUUUUCAUCCUGUAGAGGACACCAACAAUUUUGCAGAGCUGAGAUCCUUUGGCGAAGACUGUAUUUUUUUUCCUUUUUUUCUUUUUUUUUUCUUUUACUUUUUGCUCCUAAUUGUACAUAAAGGCCAUAUAAUAAUAUAAAGGCCCAAGAGCGCAGAGAGAGAGAGACUUCCGCUUCAAGACCUGUGAAAAGAAGGACCUAGAUUUCUUUCAUUGUACGUCAAGAAUGGUUACUCAGAUAAUCAGCACCAUGGAAACGCAGGUGUCCAACGGUCCAAGCGGAACCAGUCUGCCCAACGGCCCAGUCAUUAGCACAAAUGGCUCCACAGAUGACAGCAAAACCAACUUGAUCGUCAACUAUCUGCCUCAGAACAUGACCCAGGAAGAAUUCAAAAGUUUUGGUAGCAUUGGAGAGAUCGAAUCCUGCAAGCUAGUCAGAGAUAAAUAUGCAGGUCAGAGUUUGGGAUAUGGUUUUGUAAACUAUGUGGAUCCAAAUGACGCAGACAAGGCUAUCAACACACUAAAUGGUCUCAAAUUGCAGACUAAAACAAUCAAGGUAUCAUAUGCCAGGCCAAGUUCAGCCUAUCGUGAUGCCAACCUUUAUGUGAGCGGUCUCCCCAAAACCAUGAGCCAGAAAGACAUGGAGCAGCUGUUCUCCCAGUAUGGUCGCAUCAUCACGUCCCGCAUCCUCGUGGACCAAGUUACAGGCAUAUCACGGGGAGUGGGCUUCAUCCGGUUUGACAAGCGAAAUGAAGCAGAGGAGGCCAUCAAAGGACUGAACGGGCAGAAGCCUUUGGGUGCCGCUGAGCCAAUCACAGUCAAGUUUGCCAACAACCCAAGCCAGAAAACAGGCCAGGCCUUACUGACUCAGCUGUACCAAACUGCUGCCCGCCGCUACACGGGACCCCUGCACCACCAGACUCAGCGUUUCAGACUCGACAAUUUACUAAACGCCAGCUACGGAGUCAAGAGAUUCUCCCCCAUCACCAUUGACAGCAUGACCAGUCUGGCCGGUGUCAACCUAACCGGUCCCACUGGAGCCGGCUGGUGCAUCUUCGUCUACAACCUGUCGCCCGAGGCGGACGAGAGCGUCCUGUGGCAGCUCUUUGGGCCUUUCGGUGCCGUCACCAAUGUCAAAGUCAUCCGUGACUUCACCACCAACAAAUGCAAGGGCUUCGGCUUCGUUACAAUGACCAACUACGACGAAGCCGCCAUGGCUAUUGCCAGUCUAAAUGGCUACCGCCUGGGCGAUCGCGUGCUGCAGGUUUCUUUCAAAACCAGCAAGCAGCACAAGGCCUGAAGCAGACGCCGCCGGUGGCACCUGGUUGAACCUGCAGGGAGUCCUACCUGAGCCUCCCUGCGUCAUCACUCUACAUGGGCCUGGACUGAGUCUCUCUGUCUUUCUCUCUCUGACAUGCUCGCACACAAACUCAUAAACACAUGCAUACACACGUGCAGAUGCACAGAACACAUGCACACACAAAGCAUACAGACAUUCUCAAGCGUAGAUAAGUCAGAGUUUCAAACAAACACACUAGUGGAGUUCUUUCUUUUCUCUUUACACAACUUGCUAGUCUUUCCCUGUAUUUGCCUGGAUUGAAUUAGAAAGGGGGGCGUAGCCGGUGGGGGCUUUCUGAAAGGGAGGGGGGUAAGGGGAAGAGCUUUCUAUUUAGGAGACAGUCUAACGAAUGUGACAGAGAAUGUGUACUGAGUGCUUUGAUUGAAUUCAGGCAAAUAAUGACAACUGAUGAACAAAAUUAUCAAAAAAAAAAAAAAAAAUGUGCAA